UUGAAUUAAUGAUCUCAUGUCCAAAAUAGCGCGAGAUUUAGUUUUCUGUUUACAGACAAUAUGCAGUUUUACGUGAAAAAUUAGUUUUAGUAAAGAUUGACACAGCAUUUCCUUGAUGAAAUAAUAAUUAAAAAAUGAUCACUAUAUUGAUAUUAUAUUAUCUUCAUAUCUUGUAAUGAAUCUCAGACGUUAUGGAUUAUCAGAGAUAGAUAAGACUGAUUGAACGUCUAUUAAAAAGAAAAAAAUUCCCAUUAUUAAUUACCAGGUAUUUAAUUUUAUAAGUUGGACGCUUGGAGAAUUAUCUUGUUUUUUUAUUUUUUAUCUGGUUAUACAUAUGUCAAUAUGUGCACUCAUAUACAGACGGGGUUUUCCUAAUCCACGUAAUAAAGAUGUGUGUUUCUGAAUCUUUUAAAUAAAAUAAGGCAUUUGUCGAUUUAUCAUCAUGAAAGAUACAAAUGGUUUUCAAGAAUUAAAAAGCAACAGUGAUAUUUUUAAUAAACCUGAGGAAAAAAGCUUACAAAUUCGAAAUGUAGCGUCUCAAGUAAUCGCUACUGUGGUAUGCAAUUUUGUUAAAUUCUCACAUGGUAAUUUAACUACAUUCACUUCGUUACUACUUGCGGAAUUAUCUCGAGAAAAUUCAGAAAUAAAAAUAACAAAGGACGAACAAUCAUGGUUUGCAAGUUAUUUUUUUAUGAGCCCAGUUGGCGCUAUUUUGUUUGGUCUACUCAGCCACAGAAUUGGUAGUCGCGUGAUGUUACUGGUUACCUCUUUUACCUACACUAUGGCAUGCAUAGUGUUCCAUUUUUCAACAAACUCGACGAUGAUUUUAGUCGCUCAAGCCUUCGUAGGUUUGAUGAUACCAGCAACUGUUUCAUGUGGCACGAUAUACACUACAGAAAUCGCUCAACCACAUUUAAGAAGUCCACUUACCGCCAGUGGCUAUCUGUGUGUAUCAUUUGGAGCACUUUUUGCAAUGUUGAUGGGCCAAUUUUUUAAAUGGAAAAUUAACGCUAUAAUCAUGACGAUUUUUCCUGCAAUAGGAUUUUUAGGAUUGCUUUUUUUGCCCGAUAGUCCAUAUUGGCUUGCAAGAAAGGGAAGAUUAGAUAAAGCCGAGGUUUCCUUAGCGUGGUUUCGAGGUUGGACAUCAUCGGACAAUGUAGAAGAUGAAUUCCUCAGAUUAAAAGAAGCCAAUGCAAAAGAGAACGAAGAUAUCAAAAACCAGAAGCGGUCAUUAAGGGUUUUAAUAAAACCUUACAUGGAAAAAUCGUUAUGGAUACCAAUGUGCAUCGUCUUAUAUGUUUUGAUAAUGUUCAAUUUAACUGGAGCCGAAAGUAUCAAAACUUAUAAUGUUGUUAUAUUUCGAAAGAUUGAGAUACCAUUUGAUAUAUACUUAGCGGGCACAAUUUAUGACGGCGUAAGAAUUAUUGGUGGAACUAUCUGUAUGUUUAGUAUUAAUACACUUGGAAAAAGGAAACUUCUCUUUAUAUCUCUGAUUGGAGCUGGAUCUGCUUACCUAGUAGUCGCGAUAGCACUGCUUUUGAUGAAUCUCGAGAUAGGGAGCUUGACAUACUUACGUUGGAUUCCUCCUGUAAUGAUGAUAUUUGCAGCUUUCAUAUUUUCCGUGGGCAUUGAAAAAAUUAUCUACAUGCUGAAUAGUGAACUAUUGCCAACGAGAUUUCGUGAGAUUGGCAUGGGAAUGGGUAGAUUUGUAUCUACUCUUCUAUUAUCGUUGUUGCGUAAAGUAUUUAUGUAUAUGGUGGAUACUAUGACAUUACAAGGAGUAUUUUUGUUUUUUGGAAUUAAUAGUUUUAUCGCAAUUGUUACGUUUUAUUUUAUAAUACCCGAGACUGAAGGGAAAUCUUUGAUUGAAAUAGAAAAUCAUUUUGCCGGUAAACGAUCUCAAACAGACAAAGCCCAAAAACCGUAACGAUUUUUCUUGAACAAAAUAUCUAUUUAUAGUGGAUUAAUACUCUAAAGAAAUCAUAUUUAUGGACGUGACAGAAGUAAAUACAAAAGAGUAGAACUUUGCGUGGUUAAAAAAAUCAACUUUUUGGGAAAACAAUUUUUUAAUCAAUCUGUAGACCCUAAUGUUUUUCAACUAUUCCGUAUUUGAUUCUCGGAUAGAUAUCGACUUUUGAGAUUUUUUAGGAUUCUUGAAAUUAAUAAUGUAGUUCAGUGUCAAGGUUUAUUGGUGGGUUAUUGAACUUGCUAUUAGCGAGAAAAAAAUUAAGAACUUUCGUGCUAGCAUAUGCAAAGAAAUUAGUAAUGUCUUAUAUUUUAAACGUAAUUGAAAUUUGUUCGCGUAGAUAAAAGUGUGCAGUCUCUCUUGACAGAUAGAUUUUUCGAUCGUUUAAAUAUUUCUUUAGUUGAGAAUUCACUCGUGGAAUCCAGUGGUGAGAUCUCUAUUCUCGCUUAUCGAUCAUCGUUUGCGGACUAUUCGCUGCGUGCGUAAACAAAAGUGGUACUAUGUUGUAUGUAAUCAAAGGAUAUAUGGGUCCAUAGUUUUAAUUUUGUCCGCUAUAAGUCGUUGCCGCCCUCUCUUCUGCACACAGCGAUAUUUUAUCACAACACACAAAAUUAUUUAGAAACAUAGAAUUUAUAGAUAUAAUAGAUAUAACUGAAAAUGUUAACAUGCUAAAAUAACAUAUUUUCAUACGUUUGUAUUAUUCAAUAAAGUAUACAUAUUAUUUUAUAAACCCAAUACUUUUUAAAAACUAUACCCUAUGAUGUGCUGGUGCCACUACGCGCCGUGUAAUAAAGUGCCACUUAGGUCACACGUAUCGUAAUAAGUACUAUGAGGUCAUCAUUAUAAUAAAGAUUGCUAUGACGUUUGCUUGAUGAAAUCAUAU